CAACAUUGUGAAUUAUUAUAACAUGCCUAUUGGUAAGUGAAAUUCGCAGCCUUUUUCGUGCACAAUAUUGCCCAGUGGUUCAUAGUACAUCAAUCGUCAACCAUAAUUUGCAGAAGACCAACAAACCCUGAUCAUCAGUGCUCUAUUUCCAACCCUGUUCCUCUAAUUAGAAGCCGACUUGAGCAAGGAUGAAUUUGACAAGCAGCAUCUCCACAUGCGGGAACAAUUUUGUCUUCAAUACGUGGUUGAAUUACACACUUCUAGCUUCGCUCCCGAUCAUAGUGUUUUUCUGUUUUCUGGAGCGCAGAGUGAAUCUCUGGCCGACUUUCCUGAAUGGAAGGCCAGGUAUUGCAACUCCUAUUAAUCUUAUUGACGCUUACAAUGACCGCCUGGCGUCGGCUUUAGCUUUUGUUUGUGUGUCUGUCCUGGUCUUCAGUAAGAUUACACACGAUGACCAGAAUGCCAUCGUACAACCUUCGACUGACACCGUUCCCUUAAUGCUGAGAGGAGUCCUAAGAUUCCUGAACAAUAUUUGGAAGGCGCUCUUAGUGUGUACGGCAAGUUAUCCGAUCUUUUUGUGUCUCGGUACCAAGCACAAAGUGACUGGAAAAGCGAUUGGGGUUGUCUAUAGUCUAAUAUGGACUGCGUUCUUCAUUGGUCGACUCGCAGUAUGCAGAAAUGAACUACUUUUUGAACUGUCAGAUCUAUUGAUAAGUGGACCCGGCUUUGUGUUUCUCGUCCUCUUGACUUUCCGGUUUGGGCACGGGCUGGUGAAAUACUUAAUUCGAUUAAGGCUCAACCAGCUUUCGAGUCUUAAGGGAAACACAGCACCGAGUCAGUCUGCAUCAUCAAAGUUUAAGGAAUCUCAUUUCUACCAAAGGACUAAGUAUUUGCUGUCAAGACCACUACCGAUGGAGUAUGGAGGAAACUUCAUAUCGCGAGAACUUCGAAAAUAUUUUUACCAUGAAAGAGGUUUCAAGUUUUCUAGACAGAACACUUCUGUCCUUGCUAUGGUAUUGUUACUGACAUACUUGACUUGCACAGUCAGUUACAGUUAGAUAUUGCCACAAUUUUUGAAAACUGUCGGACUCUUUUCCAACUUCUUGCCUAAAGUUGAUUUUAAAGGUAAGUCUAACAAGUCUUGCAGUGCAUCUGCCUUCUUACUAUUGCAUGGUUGAUCAGGAACUAAAUAAUUUAUUUUGGUCAUGAUUGUUUGAUCUGGGGCAACAAUUUAACUUAAGUUUUC